CUGGAACUCUGGAGUUAUGAGACUCCGCCCCUGCGCCCUGUGAUCUCGGUCUGGGUCUCACCCAGCUAUGGUGCGCGUUGCUCUGCUGUGUGCGCUCUGGGGCUGCCUGCUGACAGCGGUCCAUCUAGAACCAGCUACUGUAUGUCAAGAAAAUCAGUAUUCCUUCAAUGGCCGGUGCUGUGAUUUGUGCCAGCCAGGAAAGAAGCUGUUGAGUGAGUGCACAGAGCACACCAGAACACAAUGCCUUCCUUGCAGCCAAGGCGAAUUCCUAGACACCUGGAACAAGGAGACAUACUGUCACCAGCACAGAUACUGCGAACCCAAUCAAGGGCUCCAGGUCUGGAGGGAAGGCACCUCAGAGACAGAUACCACCUGUGUCUGUCAGGAAGGCCAGUACUGUAUCAGCAGUGACUGUGACAGCUGUGCUCUACACACCGAGUGUGGCCUGGGCUUUGGAGUCAAGCAGAUGGGCACAGGGAAGAAUGAUACCGUUUGUGAGCCCUGUCCAGUUGGUUUCUUCUCCAAUGUGUCAUCUGCUGUUAAAAAGUGUCAGUCUUGGACAAGCUGUGAGGCCAACAACCUGGUGGUGCUCCAGGAAGGAACGAGGCAGACUGAUGCCGUCUGUGGUGUUCAUUCCCGGAUGCGAGGUCUGCUGGUGAUCCCCAUCGUGAUGGGAGCCUUCAUCACCAUCCUCUUGGUGUUUGUCUCUAUCAGAAAGGUGGCCAAGAAGCCAAAGGACAAGGACUUCCUGCCCAAGCGGCAGGAUCCCACGGAGGUGGAGGAUGUUCCUGGCCAAAACCCUGCUACUCCGGUGCAGGAGACCUUGCAUGGGUGUCAGCCUGUCACCCAGGAGGAUGGUAAAGAGAGCCGUAUCUCAGUGCAAGAGAAACAGUGAUGUAGUAGUGUGAGCUGGAGGCACCUGGUCGCAGAGCCUGGAACAGCUGUGAUGGUGACAUGAUGGAGGUUGUCUGGCAUGAAUGACCGCUGAGGUUUUAGCUUUGAGAGGAGCCAUAGCAAAGAUGCUGAACACAGUUCACCCUUGAGAACUCUCACACCUGCCCUACCGCCAUUCCAUCUCCCCACUUGCUUCUGAAGGUGGAGGAAAAAUUUUGGUGUGUGGGGUCCACAGCAAUACCACCAGAACCCAGCAAUGCAAGACCUCAGGGCUGUAUCGCAGUGGCUUCCACAUGCCCUAGAAGACAUAGAUGCAGGGGUCCAUUGCUGCAUGUGGAAGGCAUGUGACUGCCCAUCAGCAGGGAACCAGUAAAAUAAAAUUAUAUUUAUACAA